GGGGGGACAAUGAAAACUACAGCACACAAAACACCUCGGUGUGGAGCUGUGCGCGGCUUUGUUUUGAGGGCAGUAUGUUUCUGACAUGUAGGUAGUUCUUGUUGUCACAACAGACAACAUGAUGUCCAGCAGACUGGUGACACUGCUGAAUUCACAUCCAAUAAGGAGAAUUUCACCACAGACCUGUUACUCCUGUCUGUCAAGUAUCCAAAAUGACAAGAAAGAUCACACUGUGGCUGGGUUUCCAUCAGGAUUCUGUUUUUUCAAGAGAGACUUUUGGAAACUAAGAGUGGGGUCACUGACUGGCCAUGAAUGUGGACUUGCGAGUAAAAGGUCUUUCAGCCUCACGCCUGCCGGGAUAGUAAAUGCAGCCCCAUCGUCUGUGCAGCCAUACCUCCGGUUAAUGAGAUUGGACAAACCCAUUGGGACAUGGCUGCUGUACCUGCCGUGUACGUGGAGUAUUGGGCUGGCUGCGGACCCGGGUUGCCUCCCUGACCUGCGCAUGCUUGCAUUAUUCGGCACUGGGGCUCUGCUGAUGAGAGGAGCCGGCUGCACCAUCAAUGACAUGUGGGACAAAGACUUUGACAAGAAGGUGUCCCGGACAGCUAUGCGGCCCAUAGCUGCAGGUCAGAUCUCUCGCUUCCAGGCUCUGGUUUUUUUGGGGGGUCAACUAAGUCUAGCACUGGGGGUUCUGCUCUGUCUCAACUAUUACAGCAUAGCUCUUGGUGCUGCUUCAUUAUCCCUGGUUGUCACCUACCCUCUAAUGAAGAGAAUAACAUACUGGCCUCAGCUCGUCUUAGGUCUUACCUUUAACUGGGGGGCUUUGCUUGGCUGGUCUGCUGUGAUGGGAUCUUGUGAGUGGUCCAUCUGUCUACCACUGUAUUUCUCAGGCAUCAUGUGGACAUUGAUAUAUGACACCAUCUACGCCCAUCAAGACAAAGAUGAUGAUAUUAAGUUGGGCGUAAAGUCCACAGCCCUCAAAUUCCAGGAGCAGACAAAACCAUGGCUUAGUGCCUUUUCUGUGGCUAUGCUGUCUGGACUGGUGCUAGCAGGGGCUAAUGCUGACCAGACUCUUCCUUACUAUGCAGCAGUGUCCACAGUGGCUGUUCAUUUAGCACAUCAGAUCUAUUCCUUGGAAUUCAACAAGCCUGAUGACUGCUGGAAGAAAUUUGCCUCCAACCGUAACUUGGGACUUCUGUUAUUUUUGGGAAUAGUUGUUGGCAAUUUGUGGAAGAAGAGAGACGACAGCCAGUAUGAAACACCUUUAAACUCUAUUCCUACAUAAAACAAUUUUUUUAUUAGUCGGUUUAAUUUUGGAAUAUUUUAAUGAAGUUCUCACUCACAGAUGUUACUUUAAAACAUUUAUUAAAUUUCUUAAAUAAUUAGAAAAGGUUACAUCUGAAAAAUUUAAGGUCAACAUUGAGAACUGUGCCAGUUAGUUAUGUCUACAUACAGUUGAAACAAAAUCCAUACAUUGAACAUUUCAUACUUGGAAGGAACAAAUAAAAAAACCAAACAAAACAAAACCUAUACAAUUUGAUCACUAAAUAUGACAGGGUUCCCAUACAAGUUGAUCACUAAAUAUGAGCCAGAUGCCGAUUUUAUUUUUUAGUAGCGCAACGGAGAGCUAAAGAACGGGAAGGAAACGAUUUGAUUUGUACAGUGAUUGCAGGAUGAGAAGUGAGGCACCAAGAGCAUGGAGAGAUGAAUCAUUUGGAAGAAUGGCAUGUUGCUUAGAGGUGGUCACGAGGAGGCUCGUUCUUCGUAUGGAGAUUCAUAGACCUCCAUGGGGGGACAGGUGCACACAAGAUGCUGGUCACCAUAGAUAUCAUCAAUCCUUGAAAUCGUGGGCCAGAACUUGGUCUCAGGUCUCACAAAAGGCUAGAACAGUACAAAAAUAACUCCACAUAAUCAGAUUAACAAUGUAAAAUAGGGAAAUAAGCAUGAAGAUUUCAGUUUUGUUCCACCUUGUGAUUUCUAUAGAAGAUAAAUCUAAAGGCCUAAGCCACAUACCAUGGGGAAAGCAGCAUACUCCCUGGAGUAGGGUCUGUCCCAAGUGGAUGAAGCAAUGCAUGCCAGAGAAUGGGGAGCCAUCUGUGUACAAAAAUACAACGAAGUUGUUGCAUUGAGCUCUCUAUAACCAAAAGAUACUUUGGUCAUUACAAAAGCCAGUUACAACGAUGCCCAAAAAUGUGCUCAAAAUGUGGUUUAGGAUUAUUUCUUACUGGCCAGUUAAUCUAUCCACACUUCACCUACAAGCAUUGAACACUGACAAAUUCCCAUUCAACCUAAUGAGAAAUUGCAGUACAUCUUUUUUCAAUAACUAAAUUUAGGGUGUAUUUAUUGUUUCAAGUUUUCAAUUUGUGUACAUGUAUUGUUAUAUUGCAAGGGAUCCAUAAGGUGAAUUUUGAAUCGAGAUAAUGGCAGCAAAUCUUAUCAUUUCCAACCUGCCAGGUUUAGAUUAGCUACAGCAAUGCAUUGCUGUGUUUGGAAGUAAACCUCGUAUCUUUACAGGAGAAGGACAAAAAUGGAGAUAUGAGGUUUUCUUCCAACAGCAGCGAUAUAUCUUAAUAGCUUUACAUUUUAAGCUGAAGACUUGAUUAUUUAAUUUAAAUCUUUUUCAAACUGAACAGUUGCCAUGAAGGAAUGCAUUUUUGGUAUCAUGUAGUUGGUCAGUAGGCUCAGUUGCCCCUUAAUUCCCUACCUUUAGUGGGUUAACCCUGGUGUCCAUCCUGCCUUCUUCAAUGUCUGCAAUUUCCUGUCGAAUGGCCACCAAGGCAUCACAGAAACGAUCCAUCUCGCCCUUGUCCUCUGAUUCUGUAGGCUCAAUCAUCAGAGUUCCAGCCACAGGCCACGACAUGGUAGGGGCAUGGAAGCCUAGUGAACGUUUCAGGAAAUUUAUUACAAAACUAUCAUUUACAUCAGGAUUAAACUGUUUGAGGAGUUCUCAGAAGGAUGUCAUCUGUACCAUAAUCCUGCAGUCUUUUGGCAAUAUCCACUGCCUCGAUGUUUGCAGUCUUCUUGAAUGGUCGAACAUCCAAAAUAAACUCAUGAGCAACAAACCCUGUGAAGAAAGUUCUUGAUUUUCAGUAAAACAACAAGAUGUGACAUGGGUUAUGCAGCCAUAUUAUUCAAAUAACAUCGUUACUUGCCUUUAGAGCCCCUAAACAGGAUUUUGUAAUGGCUUUCUAGUCUCUUGGCCAUAUAGUUUGCAUUAAGGAUGGCGACUUCUGUUGCAUGCCUCAAGCCUUUUGAGCCCAUCAUCUAAAUAAUGUGGAGAGAAAGAAAUAGGAAAUGCAUUUCAUAUGUAGCCCUGCAGUACUGAUUCCGCAUUGCAUUCUGCAAACAAACUUUUUUCCCUAGCAAUAACAGGUUUCACAAAUCUACCUUUAUAUAGGCCCAAGAGAUGGGCAAGAUGGCACUGGAACCCCAGGGGGCAGCACUGAUUGUGCCCAGAGAGCUAACUGUGUUGCUAGACUGCAUGUUCACCACUGGGUGGCUUGGUAGAAACGGAGCAAGAUGCUGCUUCCUGAAACAAAACAGUCCAAUGUUAUUGUCCAAUUACACAAGCUCAAGUCACACUGAGCAUAGACACUGAAAUGUGUGAGUACAGCAAAAAGAGUGAAACAGCACCACAAAUUGGAGAGGAUUAAUUGUGGAAGAUGAAAGACAAAUUUACACUCCAAUGGGACCCAUGCCUGGACCUCCACCACCAUGAGGAAUACAGAAGGUUUUGUGAAGGUUCAAGUGAGAAACAUCUGAGCCAUAAUCUCCUGGCCGACACAAUCCCACCUGGUGACAAGUUAUGAACAUAAACAGAGCUGUUAAUGUCAAUUUCUAAGGUAAACCCAGUAGAUAAGCAUGUUGUUGAGCACUAGUGAUGCAAUUAGGGGAUAUUUUGAAAGAGAAGGAAAUGAAACGAGUCGUAAAAAGAUUCCAUCUUUCAAAGCAUUUCCCAUAUAGUGACAUCUGGUGGCCAAGCACAGCACUCAAUACAAACCUGUCUGAUGUGCAAAAAAAAAUAGCUGCAAAACAUUGAUAUUCAGUCUCCUUCUGAGAUAAUCAAAAAAGUAAAGUACUGAUGGUUAUUUAACUGAGGCAAGUGUGGAACCAUUUAAAUGAUAGGGUUUUGUUUUUCAUUGAACUAAAUAUGUCCAUGAUAAGACAUUGUGCAGAGAACAUGUAUGUUUUUGUAUUUUUAAAUAAACUCAUGAAUAUGUGA